AUGUCGUGGAGAAGCCAGGGAAUCACCGGAUCCAACAACAUCCCUCUGGGAAAGCGACGAUUCGGUGGCGAAGACGAACUGGACGUGAAGCAAGAAGCCAGUAACGAUGGCUUCGGCUUCUCUAACGGCGAUCGCGAUCUGAAGCGCGGUCGCAGUCCUGAGCCAAGAACUGAUGCAGAUGGCCCGCGCCGCCGCAAGAAGCGAAACCGAUGGGGUGAUGCCUCCGAGAACAAGGCCGCCGGCCUCAUGGGCCUCCCGACCGCCAUCGUCGCGAACAUGACCAGCGAACAGCUCGAGGCUUACACUCUGCACCUGAGAAUUGAGGAAAUCAGCCAGAAGCUUAGGAUCGAUGAUGUCGUCCCUGCUGAUGGCGAUAGAUCUCCUUCGCCUCCCCCUCAGUACGAUAAUCAUGGUCGUCGUGUCAACACUAGGGAAUACCGCUACCGCAAGCGUCUUGAAGACGAGCGACACAAGCUCAUUGAGAAGGCUAUGAAGACCAUCCCUAACUACCACCCGCCUCAGGAUUAUCGCCGGCCCACCAAGACCCAAGAGAAGGUCUACGUGCCGGUCAAUGACUACCCGGAAAUCAACUUCAUCGGUUUACUUAUUGGUCCUCGUGGCAACACCUUGAAGAAGAUGGAAACAGAAUCCCAAGCCAAGAUCGCUAUUCGCGGGAAGGGUUCUGUGAAGGAAGGAAAGGGUCGAUCUGACGCCGCACACGCUAGCAACCAGGAGGAAGAUCUGCACUGUCUCAUCAUGGCCGACACCGAGGAGAAGGUCAACAAGGCCAAGAAGCUGAUCCACAACGUCAUUGAGACGGCUGCUUCCAUUCCCGAGGGUCAAAACGAGCUCAAGCGUAACCAGCUUCGGGAGCUCGCUGCGCUGAACGGUACCUUGCGUGACGACGAAAACCAAGCCUGCCAGAACUGUGGCCAGAUUGGUCACCGCAAGUACGACUGUCCGGAGAAGCAGAACUUCACCGCCAACAUUAUUUGUCGCGUCUGUGGCAAUGCUGGCCAUAUGGCCCGUGAUUGUCCUGACAGACAGAAGGGUGCGAGCUGGCGCAACGACGGACCACCUCGUGCCGCCGCUGGUCGCAUCGGCGGAGGAGAUGCUGUGGACAGCGAAUACGAGAAAUUCAUGCUCGAACUUGGUGGCGGCUCUGAUUCUCAGCCAGCCCGCAUUGAAGCCGGUCCUGGCUCCUACAACAAUGCCGGCGGUGAUGCGAAGCCAUGGCAGCGAGGCCCGACUGGCGCGGCUGCACCUUGGCGUUCGCGCAACAACGACCAGGGCAACGAAGGUGGCGGUGGCGGUGGCGGUGGCGGUGGCCCUGCUCCCUGGCGUGAACGCGGUGACCGCGGUGACCGUGGUGAUCGCAACCGUGGCGGCGACCAUCAUGGUGGAGGAGACUACUACGGCGGCCAAAACUACAACAGCGCCCCUUCGGCUCCCGGUGCAGCUCCGUGGCAACAACCUGCUGCUGGUGGUCAGCCUGCUUAUCCCAGCUAUCCUGGAUACAGCGCUUAUGGCGCACCCCUUGGUGCAGCUUCCGGCAUGGGCCCGCCUCCUGGUCUUCCCAGCAACCCUCUGGGUGCUCCUCCAGGACUUCCGGGCAACCUCAACGCGCUGAUUCAGCAGUACGCAGGCGGUGGAGCGCCGCCUCCGCCGCCUGCUGGCGAGGCUCCUCCGCCUCCCCCAAGCGAUCAACCUCCCCCGCCUCCUCCUGGUGCUUGA